AUGGGUCCCGAGGGAUCCCGCAGGGCCAGGAGGGGUGAGGAGGCGAGGGGAGGAGAGGAGGGAGUGACACAGAUGAGGGAGGACACUCCAGGUGGCGACCAGAGGGCAAACAGCACUGAUUGGUCCGGCAGCCAGGGCCAGGAAAGCGUCGGACUGGAGAGAGAGGCGAGGUGGACUGGGUUGGAGGGGAUGCACGAGGGGGAAAGACGGUGGGCAGUUCUGGGUCAGACACAGGCAGAGAGAGACCAACCACCAGAUGGCUUUGGUCCAACAGCCAAGAGACGGCCUCUCACCGCUGCUUUUGCAAAGAGUCCAAUAAACAAACAAUUACCAGAGAGGAAGAUGUAUCUGGCCGACUCGCCUCACAAUAGCCGAGCGUUUAAUUUCGGAUUUCACAGUCCUUUGGAAGAAGGGGGACAGGGGGCCAAGCCAAACAGGCCAUUAUGCGACUUGUGCUUCUUUUGUGGUAUAAAAUCUGGCAUCCAGACUUCACCUCCAAUCAUCCCGCUUGACAGAGGUGCAGAGAUAAGUGUUGAAGAUAGUCAUGUGGAGCAGCAAGAUGACACUUGCUUUGUGGGCCAGAGGUCAGGACGGGUCAUCAGAUCACUGGGCAGUGCUCCAUCUGUGUGUAGAGCAGCCAGCCUAAAGAACAAGAGAAGACAGAACUUGAAGGAGGAGAAGCUCCACAGUAAACCAACAUCCCUGCUGCUCCAGGAGACCAUCGCUGAGACUGUGUACAUCAGUCGUCCCCUUGUACAUUUACUAUGCCUCGGACUGUGUGGGAAACAGUCUUGGAAACCAUGGAUCAUCUCUGCAGCUCUUGAACUUUCCAGCUUUGCGGUGCUCCAUGAGAAGAAGAAGUUUGACAACAGAUGGGAGAGAGAAGAGAUGAGAAGGAGAACCUUUAUUUUGCUCUACUACCUUGUUCGUUCUCCGUUUUAUGACAUAUAUUCAGAGGAAAAGAUUGUUUUCCUGCUGCGACUUCUGGCCAAUCACGUGCCAGGAAUAGGCCUUGUCGCACGGCCUCUCAUGGAUUACUUGCCCAGCUGGCAGAAGAUAUACUUCUACAAUUGGGGAUAAAAGUCACCACUUCCAAUCAAAUGAACUCUUGAGAAGUCAGUUUUUAAUAAACAUUUUGCCAUC